AUGUCUGUGUGUUCUUGGCUUUGCACCAUUUUAAUGGUUUUGGUUAUUGCUGGUAUGGACACAAUAGCGAAGACCACACCACAUGCCAAAUUUAUGAAGAUAUCUGAGGGAAAAGAGUUCCCCAAGGGCCCGAAGCCAACCAGGGGUCCUGCUCAGGGGGAAGAGGAACUCCCCCCCACCAACCCUGCUGGAGUGGCUGAGCCCACCAUCGCCCCUUCUACCCUGGGCUCGCCCUGGGCCUCCACUACGCCCUUUCCCUUUGCAAACGUCACUCCGGACCCAGCUGAUUUCCUCUGGAAUUGCUGUCACUGCUGCUCACCUGUCACUGGGCAGAAAGGAGAACCCGGGAAGACUGGAAAUCCAGGCUCUAAAGGGGAGGCAGGUGAUACGGGGGUCGCAGGACCACCAGGAAUUGGUGGGCCCCAAGGCUCAAAAGGCCAGAAAGGAGAGAAGGGACUCAAAGGAGAACGUGGGGACCCAGGAGCAAGUGGAGUUCCAGGAUACCCAGGAAAGCCUGGGGAACAAGGUGCACCCGGCCCCCGAGGCGAGAAGGGCAGCGCGGGGCCGGCGGGAGAGAGAGGAGAGCCGGGCCUCCCGGGGGCCGCGAGUGGGGAUGGCACCAAGGGCGACCCGGGGGCCCCGGGGGCGGUGGGCGCCCCGGGCGCGCGCGGGGAGCCGGGAGCACAGGGUGCGCGGGGCGCCAAGGGCGAGAAGGGCGACCCGGGGCCCCCGGGCGCGGGCGGCGCCCCCGGGCAGAGCGGGGGGCCGGGGCAGCAGGGCGAGCCGGGGCCCCGAGGAGAGAAGGGGAGCAAAGGAGACGCGGGACUCCCAGGCCAAAGAGGCCCAGCCGGCCGGCCCGGGGCUGCGGGUCCAACGGGCGCCAAGGGCGACCGAGGCGAGCUGGGCUCCCCGGGCGCCAGGGGACCCGCGGGGCCCAAGGGUGAGCCUGGGAUCAAAGGGGCCCGGGGCCCCCCCGGGAAGAAGGGGGCGCGGGGCUUCAAGGGCUCCAUGGGCGAGCGGCCCCUCGCGCCCCGGUCUGCGUUCAGCGCAGUUUUAUCCAAGCCGUUCCCUCCCGCCAACGUCCCCAUCAGAUUCGACGGGGUCCUCCACAACGAUCCCGGGGACUACAGUCCCGCCACCGGCAGGUUCAACUGCAGCGUGCCCGGGGUCUACGUCUUCUCCUACCCCGUGGCCGUGCGCGGCCGGCCUGCCUGCGUCCGCCUGGUGGCCCGCAGGGCCGGGCCGGCUGCGUCUAGACCGGCAGCCCAGCGCCAGGGCCUCCAGCGGGCCUCGCUCCUCACGCUGCUGAGCCUGGGCGCCGGGGACCAGGUGUGGCUGGAAGGGACCGGUGUCCACUGCAGCGCGGACGACGACAGCGUCUUCACUGGCUUCCUGCUGUACCCGCGCGGGGCUCCGGGAGUGGCGCCCUGA